AUGUAUCCAACACCUGAGGAUGAAGCAGUAAUUCGCGCAGCCGACGAGCUCAUGAUAAAAACCAUGGCAAGAUAUGAUCCCUCUCACGACGCUUACCACGUCCAACGUGUCAGGAAAACUGCAUUACACCUAGCGCGCGCGCUGUCCUUGUCUGAGGUCGGUAGAAAGCCCGAUCUCCUCACCGUCGAGCUCUCCGCGCUUCUGCACGACGUGCUGGACAAGAAGUACGUGUCUGCAGCGGAGGCGGCAGACCCGUACGCGUUUUUCCGUCCGUUCUUUGACUUUGUUGCCUCAACGCAUGGUGUGGAUCUCGUGAAAGACGGCCGCGCGCGUGAGAUUGCGAAAAUCGUAGACAACGUCUCAUGGAGCACAGAAAAAAAGUUGCGCGAAGCUGGUUUGCUCGGGGAGUGGCAUCGCGAUUGCAUCGAGUUGCAUUGCGUGCAGGAUGCUGAUCGUCUGGACGCGAUAGGAGCCUUCGGCAUUCUUCGAUGUGCGGCUUAUAGCACGGUGAUGAAUCGCCCGCUGCAUAUACCACAUGACGAUUCAGCGUAUUCUUCGUGUGCGAUAGAGCACUUCCACGAGAAGCUCUUGCACAUCCGGGAAAGACUCAAGACGGAGCCAGGCAAGGAACUCGCUGAGAAGAGACAUCAGCUGAUGCUGGACUUUUUGCAAGCCGUAGACGAGGAAUACUACGUAGAGCGAUAA